AUGCAUUGCAACGUAACCUCAAUUAAAAAACACAAGGAUGAGAUAAUGGCGAAAUUCAGCGAUUGUGAUAUUAUAUCCAUAAAUGAAACAAAUUUAAAACCUCAACAACUCUUCUCUCUUCCAGGUUAUCAUCUAUACAGAAAUGAUAGGCAAAACAAACAAGGAGGUGGAGUUUUAUUAUCAGUACGAAAUAAUAUUAAAUACUUUGAGAUCUUUAAUCAAACAAUCGAAGAUAAUGAAACGUUGGCAGUACAAAUAGAAACAUCUAAUGGUUUUUUGCUUGUUGCAUCCAUCUAUAUUCCACCUAAUGCUAAACUAAACCAUGAUGUUUUUCAACACCUUUACAAUAUAAAUAACGAUUGUUUAAUAUCAGGCGACUUGAAUGCCGCUCUCUAUACUAUGGGAUCUAAAAAAACUAAUGCCAAAGGUUAUCAGCUUCAGCAAUUAUUAACUGAUGGAUUUCUUCAAUGUAUUGACAAUAAGCUCAUGACUUAUGCAAGAAACAAUUAUGAAGAAAAGAUUGACUGGAUUCUUGCCAGUCAACCAACGCUGUCAUUUAUUGACAAUGUUGAAACACAUCCAUCUCUCGGCUUGAAAGAAGAUCACCGACCACUUACUUUUCAUUUGAACAUGUCAGCUGAACUAAAACCUGGCUCACCUAGAUUAUCAUACAAUUAUAAAACAGCAGAUUGGAAAUUAUACAGAAACAAAUUGAAUGAUCUCUUGAAUAAAAUUAAUGUAAACCAAAAAGUUACAAAUGCGCAUCAAAUCGAAAUAUAUGUGAAAGAACUAACUGAAAGUAUAGUUUCAGCUACGAAGACAGCAAUACCACUUACAAAUGGACAAAUUAAAAAUUUCUGUAUAUCAAAAAUUACGAAAAAUCUUAUCGAAAGUAAACACCGAGCAUUCAGACAAUGGAAAAAAACGAACAAAGAUGCUGAUAAAAAAGAAUAUUACAAUAUGAAGCAACUCUUAAAUAAUUCACUCCGUAAUGAUCGUAUCGAACGUCUUAAUAGAACUAUGGCGUCUCUUUCUGCAAACAAGAUGAAUUCCUCUAAAGUAUGGGCAACAGUACGUAAAUUCUAUAAUAAAAGAAUGAAGCAAUCCAAUAUGGGUACACUGACUUAUCAAAACAUCACAGCUAGCACUGAUAUGGAUAAGGCAAAUUUAUUCGCAUCGUAUUUUGAAAAUGAGAUUUUUAUAGAAAAACCAAAUCAAUUACCAUUUCAAGAUCAAGUUUCUGGACAGGUUGAUUUAAUCAAAAAAAGAAUAAAAUUGAAAAAAAAUAAAUCAUCUCCAAUCACAACAAAGGAAAUAAAAGCAAUACUCAAACAACUUCCUAAUAGAGCACCUGGUCCAGAUUCAAUACAUAACCGUUGCCUUAAAAAUUACACACCAGCAUUAGUUCAACACCUAGAGAAGAUUUUUAAUGCCAUAAUCAACUUAGGACAUAUCCCAGGUGAAUGA